AGAGAACACUCAACACAGAGUACGCCAGCAAAGUCAGUGUUUGAGAGGGAGAGAGAGAGAGAGAGAGAGAGAGAGAAAGAGGGGUAGUGGACAUUGUGGUGGAAGAGUCAGAGUGAUCGACCACCGUCGUCGUCCGAUAUCAACUUCCGGCAUCGGCAUGGACGUGCUCCAGAUUUCUCCGGCCGAUCCGCAUGGUAGUCCCGGAAAGGAGCAACAAGCGGCCGGAGUGGGCAUCCUUCUCCAGAUCAUGAUGCUCGUCCUCUCCUUCGUCCUCGGCCACGUCCUUCGGCGUCACCGUUUCUAUUACCUUCCCGAAGCCAGCGCUUCUCUUUUGAUCGGUUUAAUUGUGGGUGGUCUUGCUAACAUUUCAAAUACGGAAACUAGCAUCAGGACGUGGUUUAACUUCCACGAGGAGUUCUUCUUCCUGUUUUUGCUGCCUCCAAUCAUAUUCCAGUCAGGAUUCAGUUUAGCACCUAAACCAUUCUUUUCAAAUUUCGGAGGCAUAGUCACAUUUGCUAUUUUAGGGACUUUAAUAGCUUCAAUUGUUACCGGUGUCCUGGUUUACCUUGGUGGUGUUAUGUAUCUCAUGUACAGGCUACCAUUUGUUGAAUGCCUGAUGUUUGGUGCUCUUAUAUCAGCAACCGAUCCUGUCACUGUUCUAUCCAUAUUUCAGGAACUUGGCACAGACACGAACCUGUAUGCCCUGGUCUUUGGGGAAUCUGUACUCAAUGAUGCAAUGGCAAUUUCCUUGUACAGGACAAUGUCGUUGGUAAGAAGCCAUUCAUCUGGACAGAAUUUCUUCAUGCUCAUUGUUAGAUUUCUUGAGACCUUUGUUGGUUCAAUGUCAGCAGGUGUUGGAGUUGGAUUUACUUCUGCUUUACUUUUUAAGUAUGCAGGUUUGGAUAUUGACAAUCUUCAGAACUUGGAGUGCUGUCUUGUUGUCCUUUUUCCAUAUUUCUCGUACAUGCUAGCCGAAGGGCUUGGCCUCUCUGGUAUUGUGUCAAUACUGUUCACUGGAAUUGUAAUGAAGCAUUACACAUUCUCAAAUUUGUCAGAGAAUUCUCAGAAAUUUGUAUCUGCGUUUUUCCAUCUGAUAUCAUCAUUAGCAGAGACGUUUGUAUUCAUAUACAUGGGCUUUGAUAUUGCAAUGGAACAGCAUAGCUGGUCGCACGUUGGAUUCAUCUUUUUCUCAAUUAUAUUUAUUGGAGUUGCAAGGGCGGUAAAUGUUUUUUCUUGUGCAUAUUUGGUGAAUUUGGUUCGACCUGCACAUCGACAAGUACCUUUGAAUCAUCAGAAAGCACUUUGGUACAGUGGACUUCGAGGGGCUAUGGCUUUUGCACUUGCUCUGCAAUCAGUUCAUGAUCUCCCAGAAGGGCACGGUCAGACUAUAUUUACUGCAACCACUGCAAUAGUUGUUCUGACGGUCUUACUUAUUGGAGGAUCAACUGGUACGAUGUUGGAAGCGUUACAAGUUGUAGGUGAUGACCAUGAAGGCCCACUAGGCGAAAGCUUUGAAGGGAACAAUGGCUACAUAGCUCCUUCUUAUGAUGGAGAUUCAUCAUCAGGGAGCAGGUUCAAGAUGAAACUUAAAGAGUUCCACAAAAGCACGGCAUCAUUCACGGCAUUAGACAGGAACUACCUCACUCCAUUCUUUACAACUCAAAGUGCAGAUGAAGAUGAUUUUGAUGAGCCAAUGCCAAGUUCUAGAAGAGCGGGUUUCCACGGUCAUAACUAGAAUUCCAAGUAAACAACAUAGUGAGAAACAUCCGUGCUGCAAAAUAGAAUCAACAUUAUGGACUGUAGAAGUUAUAAAGUUGCAGCGGGGAUGAUCUGGAGCUAUGCACUCUAACCACCUUUAUAGUUGGACCUUCUUCCAUGCUAAAUAUACCAUUUAUACAAUUGUAGAUGUCACAUAGAAGCGAAAAGAUAAACUAUAUCUAGCGUAGGGCAGGGCAUCAAAUGUUUAUUCAUCAUACAAACCAACUUUUGUACAUAAUGUACCAAGUGGGAUCUGGGAGAUCAAAGGGUUCUAAAUUUAAUGUUUGUAUACGUAUGAUUUCUCAGAUACUGCACUAUACAUUGUUCCAAUUAGAAUUUCUGCUUAAGUUGUAGUAGUUAGAAUUAUUAUUAUUUUGAAGUAUGCUUCUCCAGAGGAGAACAAUAUCCUAUAAUUCCCCCUAUUGUUCAUUUUA